AUGGUCCCCGAUAUCAUCGAAGCAUCCGCGCUCUGCUCGGGCUGUGGCUCAUCCAAGGCAGUUGAUGCAGAUGUCGGCUCUGGUCGUCUGCGCUUCCAAGUGAGCAGGGGAACAUCAUCGGCCAAACGGCCUUCCACCUCGGCUUGGGUAGAAGGUUCUGUGCCGCCCGCUGCUUCGUCAUGGGAGCGGUCGCCAUCGUUGGCCUCCUCCGCCGACCGCCGCCAUCGGCAACCGCUGGCCGAUGCUGAUCGCCGACAACUGACAACCGGUGACGACGACAACUGCCGGCCUCAGGCAACCGACAAUCGGCGGGGCAACAACCGCCGGAGGCUGCGGGCGACGGCCGGUGGCGGAGGUGGGUGGUGGCGGCGGCGGUCAGCGGCGGCAGGCAGUGGCCACCAGAGGCGGCGGGCGGUUGCCGGUGGCGGCGGCGGGCGGUGGGUGGCGGCGGCCGACGUCGGUGGGCGGCGGCGGCCGACGUCGGUGGGCGGCGGCGGCCGACGUCGGUGGGCGGCGACGGACGUCAGUGGGCGGCGGCGGCCGACGUCGGUGGGCGGCGGCGGUCGACGUCGGUGGGCGGCGGCGGUCGCAGUGGACUAG